AUGGCGGAUCAGCUAGCAGACAGGCUGAAUUCUACCCAACUUAGUGACGGCUCUCCCGCCUCGGGUGAUGAAUGGAAGAAGACUUUAAACCUUCCCGCCAAGGAUAACCGACAACAAACAGAGGAUGUUACAAACACAAAGGGCCUUGAGUUCGAGAACUUUGCCCUCAAGCGAGAUCUGCUUAUGGGUAUCUUCGAGGCAGGAUUUGAGAAGCCAUCACCAAUUCAAGAGGAAGCUAUCCCCGUCGCAUUAACCGGUCGAGAUAUUCUUGCACGAGCAAAGAACGGCACUGGCAAGACAGCUGCCUUUGUCAUCCCUACCUUGGAACGCAUCAACCCCAAGGUCUCAAAGAUCCAAUGUCUUAUCCUUGUCCCCACACGUGAGCUUGCUAUGCAGACCUCGCAAGUAUGCAAGACUCUUGGCAAGCAUCUCGGUAUCAACGUCAUGGUCACGACUGGUGGUACCGGUCUUCGAGAUGAUAUUAUUCGUCUGCAGGAUCCCGUCCAUAUUGUGGUUGGUACCCCAGGUCGAAUCCUCGAUCUCGCUGGCAAGAAUGUUGCCGACCUUAGCGAAUGCCCUAUGUUCAUCAUGGACGAAGCCGAUAAGCUUCUCUCCAUUGAGUUCACUCCUGUUAUCGAGCAGCUUCUUCAAUUCCACCCUAAGGACCGACAGGUUAUGCUUUUCUCCGCCACAUUCCCUCUGUCUGUCAAAGACUUUUCCGAUAAGAACAUGACUAGUCCCUACGAGAUUAACCUGAUGGAUGAGCUCACUCUGAGAGGUAUCACCCAAUACUACGCCUUUGUCGAAGAGAAGCAGAAGGUCCACUGCUUGAACACCCUCUUCUCCAAGCUCCAAAUCAACCAGUCUAUCAUCUUCUGCAAUUCCACCAACCGAGUCGAACUUCUUGCCAAGAAAAUUACCGAGCUUGGAUACUCUUGCUUCUACAGUCACGCAAAGAUGCAGCAACACGCACGAAACCGUGUUUUCCACGACUUCCGCAACGGCGUCUGCCGAAACCUGGUCUGUUCCGAUCUCCUCACCCGUGGUAUCGAUAUCCAGGCUGUCAACGUUGUCAUCAACUUUGACUUCCCCAAGAACGCCGAGACUUACCUUCACCGUAUCGGUCGAUCUGGUCGUUAUGGCCAUCUUGGUCUGGCUAUUAACCUGAUCAACUGGGACGACCGCUUCAACCUUUACAACAUCGAACGAGAUCUUGGCACCGAGAUUCACCCCAUCCCCGCCAGCAUCGACAAGAGUCUCUAUGUCUACGAAAACCCCGAAUCUAUUCCUCGACCCAUUUCGAACCUCCAACGGGGUCAACUCCCUGCUGCUCAGGGUCAACAGCAAACACAGCAGCAGCAAUUUCAACAGCCUCAGCAGACGCAGCAGGCUGGUCUGCCCCAGCAAGGCCAGGGUAACUGGCAGAGCCAAAACCCUCAGCACGGUAACCCGCACUACAACGGCGGGCGAGGACGUGGACGUGGUCGUGGGUAUCGCGGCCGCGGUGGCCAAGGCACAGGUGGUCGAGGUCGCGGCCCACCCCGCGAUGUCCAACCCUAA